ACGCGUGUGCGCGUCUUUUGUGGUCUCUAGUGGUGCGCGUUUUUUUUCGCGCAGAGAUUGUGGCGCGUUUUUUUAGCCUUUAUGCUGUGAACGAUGUCGUACUGCUGCGUGCCCAAGUGCGGAUCCAACGCGAAGAACAAAGUGCCGGGCCUUUCUUUCCACGAAAUUCCCAGCGACUUCGAGCUGAGGGAGGAGUGGCUGAGACGGAUCCCCAGGAAGGACUGGGUUCCCAACACGACAUCGCGCUAUUCGGUCGUCUGCAGCAAGCACUUCCUCCCGGGCGACUUCAAAGAGGGAUGCAAGUUCCGCGUGUUAAGAAAGGGUGCGAUUCCCAGCUUGUUCGAUGUCCCUUCCGAGCGUGUAAAGCCGCCCUCGAAGAGAGCCUCCGGCGCAGCGCGUAAGCGAGUUGCUACCAAGUCGCACCGUGAUGAAGAUUCUUCUGAGCCAUCGCCCGUUGUAGGGCGUACCGCCGUGCACAGUAAGGGUGACAGUACCAGCCAUCAUCCAAUCCAGUCGACGCCACCAUCUAUCGUGUGCUGUGCGAUUCCGGGCUGCGGCUCCCUAGCGGGCAUCACCAGCGAUGUGGUGCUUCACGAGUUCCCGUCCAAAUCGGAGCGCCGACAGUUGUGGACGCAGAUUGUGCGUGCACUCCGGCCGCCCUGUCGAGAUCCCGCGGAUCUGUGGGUGCCGUCGGAGUACGCGAGGAUAUGCAGCAAGCACUUCACCAAGGACGAAUACAUACAGGGCCCCAGAAAACGCUACCUCGCACCUCACGCUACACCCACCCUGUUCCUGGAGGCCUGCGGCAACCAAAAGCCCGGUCGCCGAGGUCAGCCCAGGAAGCAACUGCGUGUCGAAGAUCGCUCUUCGAUCGACGGCGAGCCACCGAGCAAGGUGGAGUCUUUGAAGAGGCCUCCUACAAGUACGACUACAACGCCUGUGGUCAUACGUCAUCUGUUGGGGGAUAGGUCUCACUCUAAGCGUGACCACCAGGAGGCAGCCGACGUCACCUCGAUACGAAUUUCGAAUGUGGUUUCAUGCAGAUAUGCUGAUGUGCUUAGUGCCGGAACUCUGGAGGAGCCCAGUGAGGAUGCUGACCGCCAUGUUAGGCUUAGUGCUGUGACUUUAGUAGGAAGCUCUGACCGACAAACACCUGAUGUUGUACCGUUUCCAGGCACCCCCGCCGUGACGUCUGUGGCUUGCCAGACGCACGUGACGGGGCUGACUAUAGAGGCCUACGAGGAGCAGAUACACGCACUGAAGAAUGAGUGCAGAAAACUGCGGGGGGAGUUGUGCGAGCUGCGUUAUGUUGGUGUGAACACCGUAUGCGGUGGCAGUGUGGCAAGUCAGAAAUCGACAAAUUUGAAUGCAAAAAUUUAAAAGCUUGUAGCGUUGUUUUUACUCUACUCGAUACUGCACCUGAACUUUGGGAAAUGUGGAAAAGCAACCUGUUCUAUUGCCAGCAACAUGUGUCUAAUUAUUGUAAAAUGGAAUGAGUAGGCAAUUGUGCAACACUUAAAGCAACUCUAAAGGCAAAUAACAAUUUACGUCAGAGUAAAACACAGAUGCUUGAGAACGUCUAAAAUGUCUCUAUUAACAGCAGCAGUGGUGUAAUAAUCAAGAAAUUAAGGUAAAUGUACAAUACUAUAUGCACCACGAGUGGGAUAUAUUAAAAUGUACAAUGACAUCAUUGUAUUCCACGAGUCGGAUGCAAUGACGUCGACAGUCUCGUGUAAAAUCAAUCGCUAGUAAUCGAAAAUAAAGCUCCUUCCAUGCAUAACAACACA